GUGGCCGGGUGGAAGCCUUCCACGCUGUAAACUCAAACAGUCUCAGCAGUCAUUUCCCCGGUCUGUGGCUUCUCCUGAGGGAUCCACUGCAUUCUGGGAAAUGUAGUCCCUCCAGUGGGUCCUGGAUCUGCUCUGGAGUCCGCCCAGAAAAACGACGUCCAGCAGGCGUGGUCGGAAGGCUCCUGUUGACCUUUCACCUCAUGCCAAACCUGCUUCCUGUGAUCGAUGCCAUCUCGGCCGCCAUCUCGGGCUCGUCGGGCUGCAGCCUGCUGGACGUGGACCCCGGAGCCUCCACCAACCGGACCGUCUACACCUUCGUGGGCUCUCCCGAGGCCGUGGUGGAGGGAGCGCUGAAUGCCGCCCGGCAGGCCUUCAGCCUCAUCGACAUGAGCAAACACUCAGGUGAGCAUCCUCGGACCGGAGCGCUGGACGUCUGUCCGUUCAUCCCCGUCCAGAACGUCUCCAUGGACGACUGCGUCAACUGCGCCAACGUGUUCGGACGGAAACUGGCAGAAAUGCUGCACGUGCCCGUGUAUCUUUACGGAGAAGCAGCACGAAAAGAAACCAGAAGAAGUCUUCCAUCUGUCCGGGCCGGAGAGUACGAAGCCUUACCAGAGAAGUUGAAGCGUGAUGAUUGGUCCCCUGACUUUGGCCCCGCUGUGUUUGUGCCGUCAUGGGGCGCCACGGUAACCGGCGCUCGCAAGUUCCUCAUCGCCUACAAUGUGAACCUGAUCGGCACCAAGGAGCAGGCUCAUCGCAUUGCUCUGGACAUCAGGGAGCAGGGCCGAGGGAAAGACCAGCCCGGGCUGCUCCAGAAGGUGCAGGGGAUGGGCUGGUAUCUGGAGGAGGCCAACAUGGCUCAGGUGUCCACCAACAUCCUGGACUACGAGCUGACCCCCCUCCACACCGUGUAUGAGGAGAUCCGCAGGGACGCCGAGGACCUGAAGCUGCCGGUGGUCGGCUCUCAGAUCGUCGGUCUGAUCCCCCUCAAGGCUCUCCUGGACUCCGCUGACUUCUUCAUCCGCAGAGACCAACUCUUCAUCAUGGAAGAGGAGCACAAAGUCCGACUGGUGAUCAGCAAACUCGGCCUCGACUCUCUCGGCACGUUCAACCCGAAGGAGAGAAUCAUUGAGUACAUGGUGAGGUCACAGGAGGACCACGGGCUGGCGUCUCUGUCCCUGCAGCAGUUUGUUCAGGGCGUUGGAGCUCGGACGGCGGCUCCCGGCGGAGGAUCGGUUUCUGCUGUCGUCGCCGCUCUGGGGGCGGCGUUGGGCGCCAUGGUGGGUCAGAUGACGUAUGGAAAGAGGCAGUUCGAGAACCUGGACGGCGUGAUGAGGAGGCUGAUUCCUCCGUUUCAUCGGGCCACGAAUGAGCUGCUGCUGAUGGCGGAUGCCGACUCGUCCGCCUUCAACAGCUACAUGGCGGCGCUGAAAAUGCCAAAGAAUACAGCAGAUGAAAUAAAAAGGCGACAGGCUGCAAUGCAGGAGGGUCUGCGGCGAGCGGUGGGCGUCCCGCUGGCUCUGGCCGAGAGGAUCAGUGUCCUCUGGCUGCCUCUGAAAGAAAUGGUCGUCCACGGAAACAUCGCCUGCAAGUCCGACGCUCAGGUGGCAGCUAAAGCUUUGGAAACAGCCGUCUUUGGUGCGUUUUACAACGUCACCAUCAACCUCAAAGACAUCACAGAUGAAGACUUCAAGAUGGCCACUCAGGCGAGAAUAUCGGCGUUACUGCAGGAGGCAAAGGACAGCGCCGCCACCAUCCUCCUCGCUGCAGAGCACAGAACCUGACAAGCAGCACUGCACCCUGGGACAUGUAGUUCUCUACAACCUGCUUCUGACAAGCUGG